AUGUCAACUCGCGCCAAGAUGCCGUCGAUUUCGGAGGACGAGACCGCCGCCGUGCAGCAGCAACAUCAUCACCUACUGGCUGGGCUAAGCCAGCUAUCCUGCUCGACGGGCAAUAACGAGGGCUUCACCCUGAACCGCACCGACGAGGAGAAGUCGGAAACGCGCAAGAGCGAGGCCCCCCUCCGACGAUUGCGUCUCGAUGCGCUCGCAGGCCGCACAAACGACCCGCGU